AUGUCCACUGAUAAAAUCACCUUUUUACUUAACUGGCAAGCUGCUGCAUACCACAUUCCAAUUUAUUUGGCUCAAACCAAGGGAUACUUCAAA